GGUUUAGAAAGCAACGAAGAAAAAAUCGGAGACAAAAAAGCGAAGAUAAAAAAAUCGUGGUUGUAGUGGACGCCAUCCGCCAUUGUUAUUCAAGCUUCGACCAAGUGAGCAACACAGAAAUGGUGAUGGCUUCCUUGUCCCUCAAUUCCUUACCUGUGCAACCACCUUCUCAGCACUGUCGCAAACUCAUUGAUGCUCCAUCAUCAACUUCUCUUAACUACGGAACCGGCGCCGGCGGCUCCUUAAAACCCAUAGUCAUAUCCGGUGACCCUCCGACGUUCGUAUCCGCUCCCGGUCGCCGCAUCGUUGCCGUUGGGGAUUUGCAUGGGGAUCUUUCCAAAGCAAGAAGCGCACUUGAGUUAGCUGGAGUCUUGAGCUCAGAUGGUAGAGACACUUGGACUGGCCAAGAAACAGUCUUGGUUCAGCUUGGAGAUAUACUCGACAGAGGUGAAGAUGAAAUCGCUAUAUUAUCUUUAUUAAGGUCACUGCAAAUACAGGCUAAAGAACAUGGUGGUGCUGUUUUUCAGGUGAAUGGAAAUCAUGAAACUAUGAACAUUGAAGGGGAUUUUAGAUAUGUUGAUUCGGGGGCAUUUGAUGAGUGUUCAGACUUUCUAGAAUACUUGGAUGAUUGUGAACAUAAUUGGGAAGAUGCUUUCUCAAGCUGGGGUCAAGUGUCAGAAAGUUGGAAAGAAGAACGUAAAUUGGCACAGAGUUCAUGGGGACCAUGGAACCUAGUCAAGCGGCAAAAGGGAGUAAUUGCAAGAUCGGUUCUUUUAAGACCCGGAGGUCCAUUAGCAUCUGAAUUAGCCAGACACCCUGUUGUUCUUAAAGUUGAUGAUUGGGUGUUUUGUCAUGGUGGCCUUCUUCCCCACCAUGUUACUUAUGGCAUAGAGAAGAUAAACAAUGAGGUAUCUAAAUGGAUGAAUAAUGUUGGUGAAGAUGAUGAAUCGCAAAUACCAUUUAUAGCUACUAGAGGAUACGAUAGUGUUGUGUGGAAUCGUUUAUACUCUAGAGACACCACUGAUUUAGAAGAUUAUCACAUUGAACAGAUUCAGUCUAUACUUGACACUACACUUCAAGUGGUUGGAGCAAAAGCUAUGGUGGUGGGUCAUACUCCACAAACUACAGGUGUCAAUUGUAAGUAUAAUUGUAGCAUUUGGCGCAUUGAUGUGGGGAUGUCUAGUGGGGUUCUUGAUUCAAGACCUGAGGUUUUAGAAAUAAGAGGCGAUAAAACAAGGGUAAUAAGGAGCGAAUCAGAGACAUUCAAUGAACUUCAGGCAGUUGAUUAUAUGUAGAAUGAAUGAAAAAGUUGCUACUCUAGAAAAAUUUCAUGUCUAUACUGGGGGAUAUGUAUAUAAACUAAAAGGGUAUUUAUGGAAUAAAAGUUGUUUGGUUGAUGUAUAUUUACAUUACAUGGCAACAAACAAGAUGUAAUCAUAUUACUUAUUAAUAUUUGAAAGAGAAACAAUUUGUUGCUUUUA